AUGCUUGGAGUCUAUAGUGAACACGAAAAGCAACAACACAAGGCGUUCCACUUGUUUCGGCGCAUGCUUCUGCAAGGUUUGUUACCAGAAAGAGUUUCGUUUCUUGCUUUGCUUUCUGCGUGCCGGAGUUUAGACUGUGGGAAAUCUGUUGAAGGCUGGAUUCUUGAAGCAGGACUUGAGUGCGACCUUGUGGUCGGUGCUGCACUCGUUAGUAUGUAUGGGCGGUGUGGAAGUUUAGGAGAUGCGUUCCAGGUGUUUCAGAAUUUUGAGAAUGACGCUGACAUGGUCUUUUGGAAUUCGAUGAUCGCAGCGUGUGUUGAUGCGCAUGCGUCUUCUAUGGCUUUAGAACUUUUUCGGCGGAUGCAACUCCAAGGUGUGAAGCACAACAAGGUCACGCUCGUUUCCGUGUUAAGCGCAUGCGCCAAGUGCCAUAAUAUUUCUUAUGGUAAGCAGCUACAUGAGCAUCUGGUUGUCACUGGCAUUGACAGAGAUGAGUACUUGCAGAAUGCUCUUCUUAAUCUAUAUGGUGUGUGUGGGAGCGUUAAGGAUGCUUUAAACGUUUUCGUCAAUGUCGAAAGAAGCUAUGGUUCUUUUCAGGAUGAUGCUGCUGGAAGGCUGGGCUCUUUCAAGGACUUGGUACCGGCGUUGAUCACCGCUUGUGGAAGGCUCCAACGUUACAAGCUUGCCGCAGAGGUGUUCUCCAAGGCUGAUAAAAGCGACGUCGUGGUGUGGAACUCGUAUCUGGCGUGGUGUGACGAGCCAGUUAUUCAGUACAGGAAGAUGCUUUUGGAAGGAGUAGCAGCAGACAAGGUUACGUAUAUCAGUCUGCUUCAGUCAUCCAGGAACUUCCAUCCGGAAGAGCUACUUCGGGUGGCAAACGCAGGGAUUCAUGCAUUGGGCUUGGUGGAAGACGUGAUCAUAGCUACAGGGGUGCUGCGAUCUUACAGUCAGUGCAAACAGGUUGAGCGGGCGGUCCAAGUGUUCAACAAGAUGCGUUUCGCAGGGCAGGACGAUGCUGUUACCUGGACUUCGAUGCUCUCGGCCUACGCUGACAAUGGACAACACGAAAAGGCUGUCGAGUUGCUCCAUCGAAUGCAGCUGGAAGGAGUAAAGCCCGACAAGUCGGCAUUUGUGAAAGCUCUCAAUGCCUGUGCGGCCUGUGGACGCUUGCGACUGGGAGCUUUGGUUCAUGCAAAUGUAGAGGCAGCUGGCGCCACACUCAACGCUGGCGUUGGAAGUGCUCUUGUGAGUUUGUAUGGAAGCCUCGGGAAGCUUGAGACCGGUCGCGAGCUUUUCGAAAAGCUGCCUCACAAAGACGUAUUCUCGUGGACAGCUUUGGUUUCGGCCUACUCGGACGCCGGUCAGCACGAAGCAGCGGUUCAGGUGUUUAGAAGCAUGCAGCAGUUUGGGAUACAACCGGACGCAGUCUCCAUUCUUGCCGUGCUGAAAAGUUCUCCAAGCUCUAUCGACGCCACUGACCUGCGGUUAAGUUUGGAAAGCUGGAGCAGCAGCUGCAGGAUUUCGAUCUACACGGAGAUGCUGAGCUUGCAAGGGAAGCACGGGAGACUGGACGAGGCGAGCUUCAUCUUCGAUCAGAUGGAAGAGAAGGACAGUGUGGCCUGGAACGCGAUCAUCACGACCUACGCUCAACACGGCCACACGGACAAGGUGAUGGAGAUGUUCCAAAGGAUGCAAGUGGAAGGCGUGGAGGCGGACAGUGGAACGUUCGCGAGCAUCACUUGCGCGUGCAGCCACGGUGGGAUGGUGAGGGAAGGGUGCAGCUACUUCGCGUGGAUGCUGGACGAGUUUGGCGUGGCUAGAGUGGAGCAAAACUACGCGAGCGUGGUGGAUCUGCUUGGGAGAGCUGGGGAGAUGGAGGAGGCCGAGAGGGCGGCAAGUUGCUCCAGAGUGGAGGGGAUGAUGAGCAACAAGUCGAUGCUUUGGAAGACGAUGCUGAGUUCGUGCCGGGCUUCAAGCGACGUGAAACGAGGAGUGGACGCUGCAUCAGAGGUGUUGAGCAAACAGCCACGCAAUCCAGAAGCGUACGUGCUGCUCUCGACUCUCUUACAUGGUGCGUGAGAUUUCUUCAAAAAGCUGUGAAACCAGCUGGAUGCGAGCUACAGUGGACGGGGCCACCCUGCUUCACGUCGACUUCCAUUCAUCGGCACAGGCCAAGACAUACCGUCGUUCUUGGUAACUUUGCACAUUCGUACUGCUGGUUCUUUUCUGUUUUUAUGUGAGCUUCCUCUUGCAGGGCCAUUAUAAGCACCGACUUUCCAGA